ACAGGACGCACAGCACAGAGCUCUCCAGCUGCAGCACUCGCACUAACACACUAACGCACUCACACCAACACGAUCACACACCAUACUACUGUUGUGGACUUAAAUGGCGACGUUUUUACCCUUCUGCGUUUUAUUAACCGCGUUUUGUUCUACUGUAAUCUGGGUUGAAGCUGAUAAGGGAGAACUGCGGACUCUUCACAGACAGAAAAGAGAAUGGAUCGUCCCUCCAAAGCAGCUGUAUGAGAAUGUGGAUUAUACCAAUGAAAAAUUUAUUGCAAAAAUCCGAUCAGAUGAAGAGACCAGGGAGAAUAUUGUAUAUUCUCUGUUAGGAUCUGCAGCGGACGAGGGACUGUUCAGCGUAGGCAAAAAGGACGGCUACGUCAAGAUCCACGGCAUCUUGGACAGAGAGAAAACGGCUUUUUAUGAACUCAAAGGGAGAGCCUCGCUAACUAAUGGAGUGCUCGCUGAAAAGGACCUCAAUUUGAAGAUCAUAGUUCUAGACCAGAAUGACAACGCUCCUGAGUUUAAGUUUGAGGUGACUGGUUCUGUCGAUGAGCUCAGUGAUGUAGACACCUACAUAAUCUCAAUCACAGCGGUUGAUAUUGACGAGCAAGACACCCUACAUUCACAAAUUGUCUACAACGUUAUACAGCAGGAGCCGGCUGGAGAGAAGAUGUUCAAAAUCGACAGAACAACUGGCCAAAUCAAAGUCAGAAUAAACACCCUGGACCGAGAGACACAUGAAACCUACCGACUGCUUAUCACAGGUACAGACAUGAACGGAGGCGUGUCGGACAAUAUGAACAGACCAUUGACAGGAACAGGGACUGUGAUCAUCAACAUAUCUGAUGUCAAUGACAACAUCCCCAAAUUAGAGGAGAGCUCUUACGUGGGUAGUGUGGAGGAGAACAUCAAACAUGUGGAAGUGAUCCGGAUUAAGACCAUAGACUUGGACAAAAUCUACACAGAAAACUGGGAAGCCGUGUACACCAUCAUCUCAGGAAAUGAGGCCGGUUAUUUCAACAUCACAACAGACCGCAAAACUAACGAGGGAAUCCUGAUGGUCAAGAAGGAGCUGAACUAUGAAGAAUUGAAAGAGGUCCAUCUGAAAGUGGUGGUCAACAACAAGGCAGCAUAUCACAAGUCAGUGGUGAUUGGCAGUCCUCAAACAUACCCCAUUAAGAUCAACGUAUUGAACGUUCCCGAAGCUCCUCAUUUCCAACCCGCUGUCAAAGUCAUUUACGUCUCUGAAAACAGCAAAACCAUUGACCUGACCAAGGUCAUCACUACCUACAAAGCCACGGAUAGCGAUACAAUGUUAAUCGCCACUAACGUCAGGUAUGUUAAAGGAGAAGAUGUCGACAACUGGGUGAGCAUUAAUGAGAAAACAUCUGAGAUCAAACUCAACAAAUAUCCAGACCGGGAGUCAAAGCACCUGAUAAAUGGAACAUACUACAUCAAAAUCUUAGCAAUCACAGAUUCUUUUACUCAGAAAACUGCGACAGGAACCCUUGCUAUUCAGGUGGAGGAUUACAACGACCACUGUCCCGUUCUGACCAGCUCAGUAGAGAUGAUGUGUUACGGCAGCAGUGUAGUUUACGUCACAGCCAUGGAUGGGGAUCAUUUCCCCAACGCAGAACCUUUUGACUUCACACUGGUUACCGAGGACUCCAAGAAAUGGAGCAUCGAGCAUCUUAAUGCAACAACAAGCAUUUUACGCAGCCAUGAGGAAAUCCUGUGGCCGGGGCUAUACACAGUGGAGCUGGAGGUGAAGGAUCAGCAGGGAAAGUCAUGUGAGGUUCAAAAGCUUCAGGUAUCUGUGUGCAAAUGUACCGAGGCACAAGUGUGCAAGCCUGCGAGACGGACCGACAGAGGCACUGUACUGGGACCAGGCGCUAUUCUGGCUCUACUGCUUGGAAUCCUGCUUCUCUUGCUGAUCCCGCUGCUUUUGCUGAUAUGUGAGUGUGGAGGAGCUGCAGCUGCUGGUAGGUUCCAGGCUUUCCCAUUCGAGCAAAAACAGCAACUCAUCACCUACCACACAGAAGGCCAAGGAGAGGAUAAGGAACUAGCACUGAUGCACGUGCCUGGAGAAGGUGGCAGUGGCGGCAAAGGGGGAGCUGGAAUGGGAGCUGGAAUGGGAGCUGGAUGGGGAGCUGGAUGGGGAGCUGCAUGGGGAGCUGCAUGGGGAGCUGGAUGGGGAGCACAUGAACACUGGAGGAAAUUUGGAUGGGAAUCUGAAGAGGAAUACAUAAAGUGGCUUCAUAAACAUGCUGAAUAUUUUAACGCAACUGGACAGUCUGAAUUUUUCACAGCGAGCACCCUGGGUUCCAUGGCUCUAUCCGAGACCUUCUUUAGAGAGUACUAUGCAAAGAAAACGUGGGAAAGUAUGUACCAGAUAGCUAAUACGGACCAGUUUCUGGUGUCUGACCAUGAAGACUGCAUCUCAGUCAUGAGCUCCUUAGAUGAGCUCAGCACCUAUUUACACGAAGAAAACAAUCUGGAUUUCCUCAACGACCUCGGGCCUAAGUUUAGAAGGCUCGGUAAGAUAUGCGCUGGGUCGGAUAUGGAACUCGAGGUCAGCUCCUCUCCCACGCCUGACAUAAACAUCUCCUCCGGUUCACAAGUGGGCGUCAAUGUGAAAGGUGCUGUUGAUGUUGUUCACAAUGAAGCGACCUCUGUCUCUGCAUCCAGCUCCUCCUCCACCACCCAAAUCACCACUACAAAUUAUGCAGAGAAUGUUAGCAGUGGAGGCGCUACAUCAGCAGCAACUGUGGGCCAAACUGUGUUCAUCCAGCAGCCACCUGUCUACCUUUCCUCUACACCUAUGUACGUAGUGGAGCAACAGCGUCAGCCUGCUCUUUUUCUAGCUUCUGGUCAAAUCCUGGGUGUUCAGGAACAGAAGGUGGUGCUGGUAGAAAAAGGGACAACCAACAUGGCAAUCGGAGCCGAGAACACCCUUCCAGGCCUGCGGCUGCAGCAAGCAAACACCAGAGUUCUGGUGGAUCCAGGAAUUGGAGGCACACUGGUGCGUGGUUUCUCAGGCCGCUCUGAGCCUGAGGGCACUGUUUCUGGUACCUUUCGUGUUAUGGAGAGACAACGAGUAGAGAGCACAGAGCCUGCACAUGUCAUGCAGAGCUCCUCACACUCCAGCAUCAGAAAGAGUCAGCAUAUACAGAUCGAAGGGCAAAGUGGAGGGAGCUUGGCUAUAGGAAAUGCAUCAGGUUUCCCAAAUCCCAUUUCCGUAUCUCAGAAAGAUCUAUUUUCUGUGCCAAAUGAUGGUACUCACCAAGAAGUGCGAGAGAAACGGGUUUCAGUUGUCAAGAAAAGUUUCCAAUCAAGCUCCAUGUCCACCUCCUAAUGCUACUACAAACAUUCUCACUCAUUCUACAGGUAUAUGCCACAUUUCCAUUUAUUCAGCAUUUAACACAUGCAGCCAUUCGUGCUGUGAUGAAUAUGGCAAAGAACUGAAUUCCUAGAAGAGAAACUAAUAAAGAGAGACUUUUUGAACAUCUGUUAAUGUAAUUCCGAGUGAGUGCCAUGAGUAAGUGACUAAUCCUUUAAUUUUAACUUAAUUAUUAAAAUACAAGUCAUAUGCCAUUUUUGAAUGGUAUUACUGUCUCGGAUCUACUGUUUUCCUCGGACACGGUCGUGUUUUGUUUUACAUCUAGGAGUUAGAACUUUACAUAUUUGAUUAUUCUUAUUAUUUUGAUUAUACUUUACAUAUUUGAUUAUAUUUGAUAGUUCUGAUGUUUUGUUAUUAGCAUAAAUUGGUGCUGCUAUGCAAAACAAAAUCCCAGGCUGAUUGUUAUAAAACGCAAUUAUUAUCGAGUCAUUUUUAAAAUCGUCUGUAUUUUAAGUGUGUCUGAAUAUAUGACAAUAAUAAUUAGGCUAUUGUGGAGGUUUUGCUAUACCGGUGUGAAUUUCAUGCUACAGUGAUGAGUUUGUAAAGUACACACAACAUGUAGCAGCAUGUAUUUUAGUUUCAGGUAGCAGAUGGUUUCAGUUUCUUUGUUUACCUGUCUGGUUUUCAUUUCUAAGCCAGUAAGAGAAACAGACUGCACAUUUCCUUCAUAUUACUUUAUCUUCAUUUAUGAAAGCUUUCCACUGAUUUCAAAACGAAUGCAUGCAACAAACGUGCACACGGACGUAGACAAAUCACACAAUUCUCUGUUUUCAUUAUGUACAGUAUGCACUCCUUGAGUGGUGCAGUGCCACCUGUUGGAAUUAAACACUGGAAUUAAAAUGAUUUCCAUUUAGUGUGUUCGGGUGACUGACGCACUCUAAAUCGCACGAGAAUUGAACGCCCUUUGGUACGAGCACCGGUCGAAAUUGUGCUGUAAGACCGAUCAAAUCUCUAAUACUGUGUCAGAGCAAACUGGAAGCCAUCCUCUGUUUCUUCUUUUGGAUUCAGAACCAGUUUUUCAACACAAGACAGGAAUUUCUACUUCCCGACCUUUUUUUUUUUCUUUUUUGCAAAUGUGACUUAAAUGCAAAUUUCUUUUGACGUGAUAAUGCCAUUUUGGCUCUGUCCCAGAUAUUAACCCUGUCAAUCAUUUGCAUAUCUAUUUAUCAGCUGUCAAGUUCUAUAACAAUAUGUCAGUUGCAUGAAUUUAUAAUUGAAUUGAACAUUAUUACACAUACUUAUUACAGAAUAGUUUUUUUGUUCUAAGAAAAAGAUCCCAAUGGUUACAAAUGUUUUUUUUUGCCCACAUUUCUGGGUUCAUUUUACCAGAUAAACUGCAAAUAUCUUUUGUUUGUUUGUUUGUUUGUUUGUUUUGUUUUUGUCUUUUUGAAUUGUAUAUAAUUGUAUUGUAUAUAUGUGCCAUGAUAUGUUAUGUCUGCCUGCUGUAGCUAAAAUGUCUUUUUUGGUUUAUACAUCUUUCUCCUACCCCACCUGAUGGAGUAUUGACCAAUCCUACAAGCCCAAGGAAUAAUGACCAUGCGUGCUCACUCCUGCAAAAAAAAAUUGACCAAUCUUGCCAGCUCCUGAAGGAAUUUGGAUCAACCAAUGCCCAUUCCAAGAGGAUUUCAAAAAUGCUUCUUCCAAAAUGCUUUAGAAAUUUGGACCAAAUUCCUCUCAAUCCCUGCUCACUACUGUAGAAAGUUUCACUAAAGUUCUAAGCAAUCCUGCUAAAUCCUGCUAAGUUUGACCAUACUGUACAUGCCCAUUUCUGACGUUCUGCCCAAGCCUUCAAAUUCCUGAGGCAUUUAUGAUCAAUACAACCCAGUCCUGUAGAAAUUUUGACCAAUCCUCCCCAUUUGUCCACUCCUGUAGAAAAUUUCACCGAUCCUGUCAACUCCUAUAGAAGGUUUGGCCACUCCUACCAAUUCUUGAAGACGUUCUGUGACCAGUCCUGUCUGUUCAUUGACCAUUGAUCAAUAUUGCACAAAGUUUGAACCAUCCUUCUGAUUUCUAAUCCUACAAUGCAAUAAGUAAAACCUUUUUUCAGGUUUUGCCCAGUAUGCAACCCACCGCUUGUUUUUAAGAGUGUUGCUGCUGUUAUCUGUGGUGAAGGGUCGUGCUGAUUGGAGCACGUUUGUGUUCGUACUCAACGUACUGCAAAAUAUAAUGGAUUUUUCAAAUCUCUGUUGCAACGUGAACCUGCGAUCCUUAUUUUUAAAAGUAAAUCAUUUGAAAUGGAGGGAUUUUCUGUUUAAGGAAAGGGUGCUUGAUUAAAUAGCAUGUGCUGUUUUAACGUUUAAUUCUUUUUAUUCUCAAAAAACAUAAAGUUACAGGAAUUGUAAUGUCGAGAAUGAUUGGUUACUAAUAUGAAUGCAAUAAAAAUGGGAUUUUUUUUUAUUAA